AUGAUCCCAACUCCAACAGCAUCACAAUACUUGUUUGAACGAGCUUCCAAAACUAGCGACGAUAGUGAAACGAAUUCUGAUUAUUGCAAAAAGAACCCCAAUUCCUCUGAAUGUGAAAAACCGGUUACCAAUGAUGCUCUUACAAUUGCAUUAUCGAUUGUUUUACCGGUCGUUGCCAUUCUUUGUGUGUUGGGGUAUUUCCUCUACAGGAAUUAUCGUAAAGACAAGAAAGAAGACUUGGAACGUGAUCCUGAUUUUUACGAAACAGGUGAAGCUACUCAAUUACCCGAUUUUCCUGAAAUGAAACAGGAAGAUCCGUUUCAUAAUAGAAAUUCAAUCAGAUAUCCCAUGGAUCAAUUCUCUAAAGAGGGUAGUUAUGAUGGCAACAGCAAACAGUUUACUCAACACGUGUCUAGAAAAUCCCAAGGUCCAUAUCUAGAUAGUUUUGUUUUGCCAUAUCAACAUCAAAUGGGGUCAAAGCUUUCCUUGGAUGAUUAUGCAAGACAAUUGGGCGAGCAAGGAUAUCGCUCCCCAAAUCCUCGCACACGAGCAAGUUCAAUGAAUUUGGAUACUGCUUUAAAGACAAUGAGCAAUAACAACUCCAACACUCAUUCAAGAAAGCCAAGUUCUCAAUCGAGUCCCCUGAAAAAAAUUGAUGGUAAGCAGUAUACAAAUAUCCCCAAUGAGUCGAACCCAGUAUUACAUGAAGUUUCACACGAGGUGUCGAGUAUAAUGGAUGAUUCCAAUGGAUCUGAUUCGGGUUCUGGCUCUGGAGAUAGUGGUGUCAUCUCUCCACAAGAUGACAAAUUUGGUAUAACUUAUGAAAACGAAUCGGAAAUGGCCAUCAAUAAAGCUGUGCCGCAAAUUGUCGUUGAUGGAGAUGGGGGUCAUGACACUGAAGCAAAUGAGGAGGAUACUUCUGAUUUGUCACCGUUCAGUGACAAUGCUCAGAAACCACAUGAAACUAAUGAAUCAACGUUGGAUACCAUCCCUAUGCAGGAUUUGAAAAAGGAUGUUGGCGAAGUUAAACCCACCAAUGAUAUUCAAUCUCUGUCCUCAUCAAUAGAAUCCAAAACCAAUCCAAUUCAAAAGAAAUCUGUCAAGAUCAAUAAGUCGCCAAGAAUUUCAGCAUUUAAUUUGUUGAAGAAUGAUAGUGAUGCCGAGGAUGAAGACGAUGAUGAAGAUGGUGAGUUGGAGAGGCUAACUCCAAAGCAACAAGAGGAGCUCAAACGGAUGAAAUCAGUAUACAAGGUUUAUUUUGAUAAAGAGGGAGAAGCAAUGAGACAAAACGCUCAAUUUGUCGAUGGUGGAGAAGGAGCAGUAGAAGGAGCAGUAGAAGUGGAAGCAGACGACGAGGUGAAGCCUGUUCAAGGAGAGCAAAUUAAUGAUGAUUUGAGAGUCGACACUGAUUAUGCAAAGCGGUACAGCAACACUUCUUCUGUUUAUAUGGAUCCCGAAGAAGCAUACCAAUACCAACAACAACAACAGCAAAUGUAUUACAACGAUUUCAAUCAACAAUACCAACAACAAUACGGAGCUCCUGUCGAUCCCCAAUUGUAUCAACAAUAUCAACAACAACAGUAUUACUACUACCAGCAACAACAGCAACAGCUUCGACAACAACAAGGGCCACCUCGUCCUUUGCCUCCUUUGCAACAAUUGCGUAAUCCAUCUGAUCUUCGUAAAUCUACACUUCAAACAUUUACUGAUUUCAGACCUCGGGCCAAGAACCAAACUGUGACCUCACCACCACAAGGCAAACAGCCAUUUGUACCAAUUGAAAAUGAUACAGUCUGGACCUCGCCAGUGAAUUCGCCCAGUAUACAAUCACAAGCUUCAUUCCCUAGUCAGCAGAAUCGUCACCAGCAAGGUGAUUACUUCCCUAACCAACAUCAACAGCACCCAAGCUACCAAACCAAUGGAAAAUCCAACUCCUCAAUGACGAUCCCUUCAGCAACGCAAGUUUCUCGUUCGUCAGUAGUAAUGUUGAACCCAGUUACCGAAAUCACCAAGUCGCGCAAAUUCAAACCAGCUGGUUCAUUGCCUAGCACUACCCAAUUGCAUGCCCAGUUUGGUCAUAGUGAUUUGAAUGGACCGGAAAAUGAUUUGUUGCCAAGUAAUAGAAAGAGUGAUGUUCGUAGAAUGAUGAACACUAAUUUUUAG